UUGCCCGCUGCUGCCGGCCAGAGCCACCGCGGGCACCGCCUGGGAGCAACCUGUCAGUGCACUUCGUAGGCCGUCCCCGAAGGACCCUUCCCACGCGUUAGUUUGUCCGCGAGAGAAGGAGAAUUUGAAGCCCUCUCCAUGCCUUAUCAAGUUCCUUAUCUGAGUGGCUGCCUGAAACUGUAGAACAGUUCAGCUGUAUCUGGUGUAGGGGAGGAAAACAGUAUAGCUCUCAUACCCCAUCCUAAAUUGAGGACCACCUAUUCUGCUUUGGUUUAAUAUACGAAGAUGGUGAAAUGCGGAUUGCCGUGUGAAGCGACUAAAUCCCUGUUGUGGAGUGAGGGCUUUGUAUUCACCUUCCAACUCCUGAUCUGUGUGCUUUGAGAGAGGACGCUAAUCCUUCUCCCUCAUCCCCCUUCCCUAAACCUUUCCUUGCUUCCAUGUUGCAUUGGUCAGAAUUUUGGUCAGUGUUGUUUAUGGAAGGGGGGGGUGGGAAAGAAGGCAGUUGAGGUUACAAACAAAAGUACUUGUAUGACUCAUCUACUUGGAUUUAAGACAUUCUGUCCUUCUUUCAAGGAGCCUUUGCUUCUCUUUGAAGGAAUCAGAUGCUUGUUCCUGUUCUUCCGGAGGAGGAUGGAUUGAAAGUUGUGUAUUUUAGACUUUUUUUGGGCCACUGCUGAUAUUAUUAAAAGACAUAAUGGGGCUUUUUCACUGGAUUAUUGCCAGAAUUAGUUUACACACUGAAACAAUGAGUUGUUAGGCCUCUCAUACAAUAAUGUUUGUCCUGCUUUAAUAUAAAGUUGCUGUGGAGGUUUGGGUUCAAAAUUGUGGAGGACAGUCUGCAUCAGAAGAGGCUCUCUUCAUCUCUGGUCGGUGUGGCAACUCCAAUCUGUCCUCGAUGCCUUCAGCCUUGGCCAUCUUCACUUGCCGCCCGAACUCUCAUCCGUUUCAGGAGCGUCAUGUCUACCUGGACGAGCCUGUCAAGAUUGGCCGCUCUGUGGCUCGCUGCCGGCCAGCUCAGAAUAAUGCAACUUUUGACUGUAAGGUGCUGUCCAGGAACCAUGCUCUUGUCUGGUUUGAUCACAAGACAGGCAAGUUCUAUCUUCAAGACACUAAAAGUAGUAAUGGUACCUUUAUUAAUAGUCAGAGACUGAGUAGAGGAUCUGAGGAAAGCCCACCAUGUGAAAUUAUGUCAGGUGACAUCAUCCAGUUUGGUGUAGAUGUGACGGAGAACACGCGGAAAGUUACCCAUGGAUGUAUAGUCUCCACAAUCAAACUGUUUCUUCCAGAUGGAAUGGAAGCUCGAUUGCGAUCAGAUGUUAUCCAUGCUCCAUUACCAAGUCCUGUUGACAAGGUUGCUGCUAACACUCCCAGUAUGUAUUCUCAGGAAUUGUUUCAGCUUUCGCAGUAUCUACAGGAAGCCUUACAUCGGGAACAAAUGUUGGAACAGAAGCUGGCAACCCUUCAGCGACUACUUGCUGUCACGCAAGAGGCUUCAGAUACUAGUUGGCAGGCUUUAAUAGAUGAAGACAGGCUGCUAUCAAGAUUAGAGGUUAUGGGAAAUCAAUUACAGGCAUGUUCAAAGAAUCAAACAGAAGACAGUAUACGAAAAGAGCUUAUAGCAUUACAAGAAGACAAACACAACUAUGAGACAACAGCCAAAGAGUCCUUGAGGCGGGUCCUUCAGGAGAAAAUUGAAGUGGUCAGAAAACUGUCUGAAGUGGAGAGGAGUUUAAGUAAUACAGAAGAUGAAUGUACUCACCUGAAAGAAAUGAAUGAGCGGACUCAGGAAGAAUUAAGAGAGUUAGCUAAUAAGUACAAUGGAGCUGUAAAUGAAAUUAAAGAUCUUUCUGACAAGCUAAAGGUAGCAGAAGGAAGACAAGAAGAAAUCCAACAGAAAGGACUAGCUGAGAAAAAAGAAUUGCAGCAUAAAAUAGAUGAAAUGGAAGAGAGAGAGCAAGAGCUUCAAGCAAAAAUAGAAGCUUUACAGGCUGAUAAUGACUUCACCAAUGAGCGGCUAACUGCUUUACAAGUACGGUUAGAACAUCUUCAAGAGAAAACUCUUAAAGAACACAACAGCUUAGGCAUACAAGUUGACGACUUCAUACCUAAAAUUAAUGGGAGCACAGAGAAAGAGCACUUUCUUUCAAAGAGUGGAGGGGACUGCACUUUUAUUCAUCAGUUCAUAGAAUGUCAGAACAAGAUCAUAGAUGAAGGACAUCUAACCAAAGUGGAAGAAACAAAGCUUUUGAAAGAGAAUCAAGCAAGAGUCAAAGAAUCUGAUUUGUCGGACACUCUUAGUCCAAGCAAGGAGAAAAGCAGCGACGACACUACAGAUGCCCAAAUGGAUGACCAAGAUCUAAAUGAACCUAUUGCUAAAGUAGCUCUUCUAAAAGAUGAAUUGCAGGGUGCACAAUCAGAGACUGAGGCUAAGCAAGAAAUUCAGCAACUGCACAAGGAACUGAUUGAAGCUCAAGAGCUAGCUAGGACAAGUAAACAAAAAUGCUUUGAACUUCAAGCGCUGUUGGAAGAAGAGAGAAAAGCAUAUCGAGUGCAAGUUGAAGAAUCUAACAAGCAAAUAAAUGUUCUGCAAGCUCAGUUGCAAAGGUUACAAGAAGAUACUGAGAAUCUUCGUGAGGAGAAGGAGAAUGAAAUUUCAAGCACUCGAAAUGAACUAGCCAGUGCUCAAAAUGAGAUUCUGUCACUUCAACAAGUAGCAGAAAAGGCAGCAUCAGAACGAGAUACAGAUAUUUCUGCAUUGCAAGACGAGCUGCAAACAGUGCGAGCAGAACUGGAACGGUGGCGGAAAGAUGCUUCAGAUUAUGAAAAAGAAAUUGUAAGUCUGCAAGCCAGUUUUCAGCUCAGAUGUCAGCAGUGUGAGGAUCAGCAGAAGGAAGAGGCUACUCGCUUAAAAGGUGAACUUGAAAAGUUGAAGGCAGAGUGGAGUGCUCUUGAAGCUGAGUGUGUUACACUAAGGAAGGAAAAUACUUUGCUUACAUCUGAACUUCAACGACAAGAGAAGGAGCUUUCUAGCUCUCAGAAACAGAGUUUAGCGCUAACCAGCGAUAUAAGUGUUCUUGAAAUGUCUCGAAAGGAACUUGAAAAUCAGAUGGGAUCUUUGAGAGAAAAACAUCAACGGGAUGCAGCUAGUCUAAAAAGCCAACUCAGUGAAGCUGAGAGUCAAGCAAAAGAUGUUCAGAAAGAGUAUGAAAGAACACAGACUGUGCUCUCAGAGCUGAAGGCAAAGUAUGAGAUGGCUGAACAAGAAAAUCAGUCACUCACAGAAGAGCUCAAACAGUGUAAAGAAAACCUGAAGCUGCUACAAGAAAAAGGAAACAACCCUUCCAUAUUACAACCCGUCCCAGCCGUAUUCAUCGGCCUAAUCCUGGCUUUCCUGUAUUGGUGUUACGGCCCAUUGUGGUAGCGAAAGAGACAAUGGCCUUGGAUGCCUGUGAUGGCAGCUUUGGUUGCUGUAACAGCCGUGGUGCUGUACCCAGGCCUAACCAGAGCUUCUCCAUGAGAACUGUUGUUGAAUCCAUACACCGUCCUCCCUUUAGAAGCUGGCAACAUUGAUAUACUGAGGGAAAACAGAUUAAUUCUCUUCCUUUUUACCUCUUAAUACAGCACAGCUCUGCGUGAGAACAGCAGUAGGGUCAUUUGCUUUAAACUGUAUAAAAUGUAUCUGUCUAUAAAGAGGGAAUAAAAUUGUGAUUCAUCAUACUGUGAGCAAUAUUUUUGCUUACAAUGUCAUGCAAGUUUUAAAUUAGUAUGUUGGGAUUCUGAAUACUAUAAUGGUGGCCUAAAGUAGGCUUCUUGGUACCAAAUUAUUUAUAAUGGCUAGGGUUGUGGACACUUACUUUAGAAUCUGAUUGCCAGAUUUAGAAGGAAAAACACAUUUCUGAUUUGGACACCCAAGCCAAGUAACCUUGCAGAUACUUGGAAAACAGAUGCAGUAUGCUCAGUGCCUUUCAGUACAAAAUUUUUUUUUUUUUAAAAACUAGUAUACCAUUUUACUUGCUGUUAGUCACUGAGCUGUUGGGAACAAGACUUAAGAAAACUUCUCUUAUCACGCCUUUCAAAGGAAGCAUAUUUUUCUUUGAUAAGGAUUGCUUUAUUAAUGAUUUUUGGGAAUAAACACAAUUCAUGUCCAGCCUUAAAGAGAUAGAGAUAUUGAUGGUGAAGACCAGCCUAGAGUAUUUAGUGUGCGCGUGUGCGAGUGUAAGCAUGUGUGUGUUCUUGAGUGAACUAAGGUAUUUCUGGGAGCAAGUACUUGGUCAUUUGAUGGACAUAGUGCAGUGAUUCAACUUACGUUAACUUUAGUUUGAAUGUAAUUUAUUAAAUUUCAUAUAUUUAAAGAGAUGCGUUCUUUAAAAGUAUGAAUAAUUUCUCACAUACCACAUGUAUCAAUUUAUUUUUUCAGUCAUUUGAUACUUUCUGACUUGAGCUGGAGAAGCUCUUUAGAUAAGCUUUUGUUGACGUAACUUUAAGAGAACUGCUACAGUACGUCUGUGAUUAGCUGAAAAAAAUCUAUGAUACAUAAAAUACUACAAAAUUGGAAUCAUAUACCUGAUGACGUAUUGUCAGGUCAAGAUGAUUUUAAUUUGGUAGUAAAAUUUUGUGCAUCCUCAUCACAUGGCUGUAAGUAUGAUGCAGUGGUCCCCAUUACAAAGUUUAUUUUCCUUAUCUAAGUACUAUAACUAUUGCUAUUUGCUGACUUUUGGUGGGAAUCACUGUAGUUAGUGCUGAAUUAAAUGUAGACUGUAGUUGUCUUGUUCAGCUCAACAGUUCUGUCAAAAAAGUUUAUUAAAGACUUAAUAUGCUAAAGAAUGGUAAAGUAAAAUGGCUGUGCUAAAGGAAACUUCAAAAAUAGGGAGGUAAUCUCAGAAGUUGAAUUGGCUUUAAAAUAUGUUAUGGCAAUCGACAGAUAGUUUAAAUAUUUAAAUAGAAAUUUAGCAUAUAAUUUACUCUGUGAGGUUUUAAGGGUCAUUGUCCUUUAAUUAAAGAUUCUAUCUUAAGUUACAUGGGAUUUGCUAAUGGGAGGAUUAUUAGUUGGAAAAAAUAGUCCACAAGUGACUUGUAGAAAGUAAAUAUUUUCAUUUAGUUCAUUCAUUUCAUCCUUUUCAGUUGCAGGAAGCCACCCAACCACAGAACACUCGUAUGCCAGUGGUACUUAGUACCUCUUGUAUAUAGGUUAUUGCAAAUAUUGUUCUGAAAUGCUUAACUUCAGAAUUACAUUUUUUAAAGUAAAUAAUUGUUUUAAAUCUAUUUUGUAAAGAUAUAAAAAUACAAUAGAAUUUCUGGAGUACAGAUUAAACUAUUUGCACUAACACACGUGAUGUGCAUGAUUUAAUAAAAUAACUUUACUCUCCCUAUGCAUGUUUGAGUUGAAUGUCAUUUAAAAACAAAAGAUUGAUGCUAAGUUUCUUUUGCGCUAGAUAUUGCCACAGUUACUAGGCACAAUGUCUGCAGCAUGUCCAGCAAUAGCAAAAUACUUGUUUUACCUUGUUAUUUCACAUUUGCACUGGUUUAAGUUUUUGUCUAGCUGAUCUCUCUCCUGGCUGUGGUUUUCAGAAAGAAAGGGAGGAAGAGAGAGCGAUGAAAGGCUUGGGAGCAUUAUUGCCAUGGCUGGGGCGGGGGGGGAAGUGUUCACAGCUGAAGGGUGGAUUGUGCCUGUGGCAGGGAUUGUGAGACUGGAGGAGCAGUGGCUGCAGAUAGCGGGGCAAUAGUGGAAAACCCUUCCAGGGGAAGGGAGCCUGAUGCUGCCUCCUCUCUUCUUUAGCAUCUUGAGCUCCCUAUUUGUCCCUCUUUCAUCUGCUGUUUCUUUUCCAGUUGAUUCUGUUCCCUCCUCCCUGCCGGUAGCAUGUAGAUGUGGUGUGAGGAGGUGGAGUGGAGCCUGGUGGAGCAGUGGUCCCUCCUGGCUGGCAGCGGGGAAGGUGCUGAGUUCCCUGGGACCAACCUUGGGGCAGGCCUGCACUGCCACUUGGUGCCCCAUACUGAGCAACUCUGCCUGUGACAUAAGUUUGUUCUUGUAUUAAAGACAAAUGUUGUGUUUUCAGCAAAACUUUAGAGCAUCAGAGAGCUGAAAUUUGAGACCCAACAUGGUUGUAUUAAAGAAGAAAGAUUUCUAAUUAUGUGCAUGUGUGCAUAUUUAUAUUAUAUACACAGGUGCAUAGUACACAUCGCAUGGGGGUUUGUGCUUACAAGUAUACCUGUGGUUCCCUAAUACAGUGCCUUUCCCAGGAGUUCUUGACAUUUGCAUGUUCAAAAUGAUCAAGAAUGAGCUAAAAUGCACAGUUCACUCUUUGGUUGUGAGAAUCCCUGGAGAAGGAUUGGAUAACUGGGAAGUUGUGGUUCUUCAGUGCUUUGAUACUGAAGCAGCAAGUGGAGUUAUUUUGCAAGCAGUCUAUGCACAAACCUCUGGUUUCUGUUGCGUUUGUUUAUAGUAAAUGUGUGUGCUCUUUUACAUUCAUAUUUAGGUUCUUUCUUUUUAGUUGUGAGGCUUGAUUAGCUAAGCCUUGGAGUUACUGUAACAAGAGCAGCUUUUCACAAACGUGUAAGAUGCUCUAAGUUUACUUGUAAAAUAAGUGCUAUGAGUUUGCACUGAAGUUUGAGGUUUUAAAAAGGUACCUCAUACUAGAAAAAUUUAGUCUGAGAGUUGUUUUAUCAGUUGCUAGUUCAAUUUGGAAGUUUUAAUAUAAUAAAAUAUCUGAACACUUCUUCAGUUUUGUCCUGGUGUCCUAACUAAGGCACUUUUUUUUAAAUUCUAAAAGAAUUCUACCUACAUGGGGACUACAACAGCAGGCCUUUUAUUUAAAAAUAGAAGUAUAAAAUGUAUUUAAAAAUAUAGUGUAAUUUUCCUGUUCCUUGUAGCUGAAUUAAAUGUGUUCUUCCAGAGUAUUAGCCUGAUCCUUCUUGCAGAAUCUCUGGAUUUUUUGGUGCUCAAUGGAGAAUUGUGAACCUGCACAAUGUAUUGCAAAGUUUUCUCAUAAAACAGUCUUAGUGAGACUUAGUAUCAAAUGACUGAUGGCUGAAGCAAAGGUAAUCAUCUGUGCAUGUAUUUUUGGGGUAUAUUGCUAAGUUAUUUUUCUAAUGAAGUCUUCUGAAGUAUGUUACCCGUUCAAAUUUUCAGUGUGCUUUACAUAAGAUUUUGAAUGUCUCUUGCCUUAAUCUGUAGGGUUCUACCACUUGCAAGAAUCAUUUUUUCAGCUUGAAUCUUCUCCAUGACAAAUCCACUGCCGGGAUUCAUUCCACCAGCAGCAUCUGAGUGCUUUAAAACACCAGGUCACCACAACGGCUUUUGGGAAGCCACUGUAGUUUGCACUAGCUCUGCAACUGGGGCUGGCUGCUUUCCACCAGGGGCCUUUUUUUCCCUCUGGCUUUUCAUCCACCAUUAGUAUUUCAUUAACAACCAUCUCAAGAUUUUUGGGUCUCCAUUAAUAUAGCAGUUGGUCAUACGAAAGAAUUAGAAGCCAUAUUCUCUGUCUCUCAAGCAUAUACCUCUGGAUCAGAAGGGUGAUUGCUUCCAGCAAACAGCUGCAUUGAAUUCCUCAGAUCCAGCUGAUUUUCUCAUCCCAGUCCCUCUUUGCGUGUGCUUCUGGACACAGAAUUCCUUUCUUUCUCCUCUGGUGGGGAAUUGGACUGCAGUAUGGGUCUCCCAGUUCUUUCUGCCUUCCUGUAUUUUUAGUUUGUACCAACUCAUUCAAAUUAGUGAGCAAAGGUUUGCCCACAGAGCCAGGUUCUUCUGCUUGGAGACAGGGUUGCACUGCUACUGCUUUAAAAACAGUGGGUGCUACCGGUAUUGGACUAAAGGCUCCCAGAAGUAGAAGGCAAAUUAGCAAUUGAAACAAAGGUUUCGGUGGUAAGGACCAUCAGAGGCUCGCAUUUCCGUUUGUUGGUAAAGGUAGAGGGAACUCAUAUCUGAUUGCUUUUCUGGAUAUCACAGUCAAAACUUCACUGACUGAUUUCAACAUCUGAAGCAUAAUGUCAAGAAGUUAAGCAUGUAUUUUAG